CAGCGCAACAGAAAGAAAGAGUAAAGUUGAAGAGAGAGAAACACAGAAAAGAACAAGCUAGCAGUUGCAGAGACGAAAAAGCAGCGAGAGUAAUGAAAAGCAUACAACAAAAAUUACAUCGUAACCACACCAAAUUUCUACCAUCCUCACACAUUUCUCUAAUUGUUCCAAUUUAUUGUCAAGGGAAAAGUGAAGGAGCCCUUAUUCUUUUUUCUCCCUUUUUCUUACUGUAUUCUGCUUCAUUUUGCCUCUUUUGCUGGCGCUGAGGCUGCACAUUUCGGUUUCUCUCUUCACAAUCCACCUCGCACGUGGUCAAAAAUUGCACCUUUUGUUCAUCAUUUUCUUCCUUCUGUUUAGUUAUCGUUAGAUUCAGUUUUAGGGCUUCUGUAGUUUGGCAUAUCUUGGUUCACACACAACCACCAUGGACAUAAUCAUGGGUUUUCGCAGUGUAGCAUUAUGUUUUCAAAUGGGUAGAUUGUGAAUUGAAGAUUUUGUACCUUUUGUUGAGCUUGUUUAUUGUUUGAAUCAGCUGAAAUUUGUCAGGAUUUGAUUGAUUGGGUUAUUUUUAAUUCUUGUCAGUGAGCUGUAGGUACCUUGGUGGUGAUAUUUUGAAGUGGGAAACGUUUUCUGAUCUGGGUUUUGAAUCUUGGUUGAGUUUUAGUAGUUAAAGGGGUGAUCUUGGAGUGAAUCUUAAUAAGGUAUGAGAGUUUGAGUAACUUUUAGUUCAUGGUGUGUGUGUGCAAAUUAGGAAAUGGAAAUGUGAAGUGUCAAGUGUGUCCAUUUUUAGUAGAGGAAGAAAAAUUGUGUGGAAUUCAUGGGAUGUUCACUGCACCAUAUUCAUGGUUCUUCAUGUUGAUCAGUUUUGAGAUAUAAACUUUUUGUAAGGAUUUAAUCGAGACAUUGUAAAGAAAAUGCCCCCUUCACCUACAACAAGAAUUUCACCCCGUAGGGAUCUUAGGGCCGAGAAUCACAAGAGACGGCAUAGUAUCGAGAGUGGUAUUUCCCAUCAAGACAAGGAAGAUGAUCUUGCUCUGUUCAAUGAGGCUCAGGACAAAGAGAAAGAAAGUUUCUUGUUGGAUUCAAACGACAAUUUUGAUGACAUCUUCUCGACAAAAUUAAGAUACUUCUCAGAUCAUAAGCUUGGAAUUGCUGUUCCUAGUCGAGGAGAGAGUAGUAGCCUGCUCAAUGAAGAGAAGGAUAAAAAUGACUAUGAGUGGCUGAUAACUCCCCCAGAAACUCCUCUUUUCCGUUCUUUGGAUGACGAGUCACCACAAGUUAAUCUUGCACGUACAGCGAGGCCCAGAAGUCAGCCUAUUUCAAUCUCCCCAUCCUCCACGAUGGAGAGAGGUCAAAGGAGUAGUCGAGCCAGUGCAAGCCCACAUCGCCGUAGUCCAUCCCCAAGGCCGAGUAAACCAUUAUCCCUCACUCGCUCGAGCCCGCCUUCUGCCACGGCCCACUUUUCUCCUUCGAGGGGCCGUUCGCCUACACCCAGGUCCAGUACACCGACACCACGGAGGAUAAUAUCCAGUUCCAGUACAACCACCACCACCACAUCAAGAGCGAGAGGUACCUCGCCAGUUAAGUCGAGCCGGGGGAAUUCAGCUUCGCCGAAAAUAAAAGCAUGGCAGUCGAGCAUUCCGGGAUUUUCCUCGGAGGUGCCCCCGAACCUCCGGACUUCGCUUGCCGAUCGGCCAGCCUCGUACGUGAGGGGUUCAUCACCGGCUUCUGGGAAUGGAAGAAAGUCGAGGUCUCCGGGAGCUUCUAGAAGCAUCGGUUCGUCCAGAGGCUCUGUUGUAUCUUCUGGCGAUGAUGAUCAGGACUCGCUGCAAUCAGUCAGCAAGGAUGUUGGAUUUUCUAGGAAGCAGACGAGGGGUUUGUCGAGCUCGGCACCGAAAAGAUCGUUAGACUUGGGGCGGCAAAUGGAUCGAAAGUGUCCUCCGAAUAUGUUUAGACCUCUGCUUUCAAGUAUCCCUAGUUCAACAUUCCAUGCAGGACAUGCAAGUGCACCACAUUAUUCUCCGGCAUCGAAAUAUUCUUCAAUUACCGAUACCAAUCUAUUGACAAGUGGACCCCACGGCAUUAAAAGAAGCGAGCCAAAUCGGGAGGAUAUGAUGACCCCUUUUAAGAAUCCCGAUUCAUAUGCUGACGAUGACAUAUUCGUCAUGGAUAAGGCUAAUGAUUUAAAUGACGAGAUCGAUAACAAGAUCUCGCGGGACCCAGUAGUUAGCCGGCAUGGUGGUGAAAGUGAUUUCUCGGAUGUUACUGUUGUGGACACAGCUGUUACAGUGAUGGAUGUGAAAAGUGAUUUUUCAUGUUCUAUAUGCGGCCUGAUAUUUAAUAAUGCAUCUCAAGUAACAAUAAUGGAGGGGGACCCACCAAUCUGUCACGAGUGCAAAAGUUCGGAAGUGAAUUCAAAUCCGGUCGAAAUUUUGGACCCGUUAGAAGUGAAAAGUCACGUCGAGAAAGUUUCCGGCGAGAGUCAACAUCCGAAAAUCGAGUCAACCCAAAAUCUUUCAACACAGCCUGCUGAAGACAAUGAACAUGCUUUUUCCUCACGACUAGCGAUUAUUAAGCAAUUGCAACACAGCGGGUUUGAACUGAAUUCAGAGGCUAAUGCUCCAAAAAUGGCUGGUAAUCCUUUUACUGUUCGGAGCAGGAGUUUUACGGCAAGCAACACCACCAGCUUUGACGAUUUUUCUUGUGCGAGGGACAGUUCGAACAGCAAGAAAAGCACAAUUAGUGCAUCCUUAUCGUCUUCUUUUGAUCUUGGCGGGUUUUCCAGGCAAACUGAGGGCCGGCAUUAUCGGCAGUCGAGUGGCACGAAAUCUGAUGUGGAAAAUUAUAGAUACGAAAUGCCUAAUACUGUACACAUACGCACAGACUCGUCCGUGUCUGGUGCUUCGGUCCACAUGCUGACUCAUUUCCCGAGUGAAGACGGUUUUGAGGAAUUCGAGGAAAAAACAUGUUCAUCUGUUCAGGAACAAGAAACAGAAAGUACACGCGCUGAUAAUACUGAAAAAGAUGAUGUUUUUUUAAGAACUCGAGAGGUGGUGCCAGAGGAUAAAGAAAACUUAACGAGCGAAUCUUCUGUUUUGCCUGCAAAAUCUCAGGCUUCUGUGAAUGAGGAAGAUGUGGGCCCACUUAGCUCGUUUGAUGGAGUAUCUGAAAUUGUAAGUGCGAAUGUCGAUGUUGUAUCUGAUGGUGACUCUUCUACCCAUCCAAUGAGCUGCAUGAAUGAAAUACAGGAUGAUGAUGAGGAUGUUACAGAAUCUAUCGAAGGUUUUGACGGCUCGAGAUCUGGGCAUCAUGAUGUUCGUGAUGAAUCGAGGAUGUUGUUAGAAGACAUAGACGACACGAAACAGACAAGCCUGGUGACUCUUGAAGAAGCCACAGACACUAUCCUUUUCUGCAGCUCCAUUGUUCACAACCUCGCAUACGAAGCCGCAAAUAUAGCAAUAAAUAAAGAAACCCCACCAAUGGAAAUCCUUCGACCAACAAUGGCAUUUCCAGGUGGGCUCGAUUCCAAAAAAAGAGAAAAUAUGCGUUUGAGGACUGUGAGAAAACGUAGCUCGAGAGCCCAGAAAACCCGACAAAAGAAGCCUGAAAUGGAUGCAAAACCUCUUUGUUGCGAUGCUGAAAAUGACGAUAACUCGAACCAAAUUAUUGUUGGAGUUCGUAACAAUGUUGACAGCAUAGAGCCUCCCAAGCUUGAGUCCAACCACCUCCACCAGCUCCAGGCUCGCCUCGUCACGCUCGGCCAUGGCGCCACCCAUUUCUACACCUUCAAACUCAUCCGCCUCUGCGCCACCCGCCUCCGCCACCUCCCCUACGCCCGCCGCCUGCUCGACGCCUUCCCCUCCCCCAACGCCCACCUCUACGCCGCCGUCAUCUCCGCCUACGCAGACGUCUCCGACCACGCCUCCGCCGCGCUCCUCUACCGCGACUUGGUCCGCGCGCGCGGGCCCGGGCCCGGUCCCAACCACUUCCUGCUCUCCAUCGCCCUCCGCUCCUGGCCGGAAGUCCUCAGGAGCCACGGCGUAGAGCUGAUCCAUGCCCAGGUCGUCAAGUCUGGCUACGGCGGGCACACGGCCACGCCUGAGAUAAUCAGAGACACCCCAUUGUGGAACUGUAUAAUCUCCGGUUGCGUACAAAACGGGCUGUUCUCCGAGGCCCUCGAGUUCUUCCAAAGGAUGAUUUUUGAAGAAAGCUCGCGUGGCAAAAACCCCCCUAACCAGGGCACGUUCGUGUGCGUUCUCUCGGCAUUAGGUCACGGGGGAAUGUUGGAAAUCGGGAGGUGUGUUCAUGGGCUGGCUUGCCGAGCUCUGCUCGACUCAGACAUUUUCGUCGCCAAUGGACUGCUCGACAUGUACGGAAAGUGCGGGAGUCUUGAUAAAUCGAGGACCAUUUUCGACCGGUUAGCCGAACCGAACCUCACAUCGUGGAACUGUUUGAUCAAUUGCUACGCCUUGCAUGGUGGGUCCCACGAAGCCAUUUCGAUUUUCAACGAAAUGAUCGAAUUUGGAAAGGGAGCGAAGCCUGACGGGGUGACUUUUGUCGGGCUCUUGAGCGCUUGUGUCCACGCGGGUUUGGUAUCUGAGGGCCGUCUGUAUUUCGACACGAUGAUGGAGAAAUACGAAAUCGAGCCAGCUGUUGAGCAUUACGGAUGCUUGGUCGAUCUGCUCGGGCGGGCAGGAAGAUUUGAGGAGGCUAUGGAGGUCGUGAAGGGGAUGAUGACGACGAGGGUCCCACCGGACGAGGCCAUAUGGGGCUCGUUGCUAAACGGGUGCAAGAUCCACGGGCGUGCUGACGUGGCAGAACUUGCGGUCGAGAAGCUGGUCGAGAUGGACCCGAGUAACGGGGGUUAUGGUGCGAUUUUGGCGAAUUUGUAUGGGGAAAUGGGGAAGUGGGACGAGGCGCGUGAGGUGAGGAGGAAGCUGGCCGAGGGGAAUGUGUCGAAAGCGGCCGGUUGUAGCUGGAUUGAAGUCGACGGCCGAGUUCAUAGUUUCUGUUCAGUGGAUAGAAAGCAUCAGAGGGUAGAGGAAAUAUAUCAGGUUAUGGCGAUGGACAGAAUAGGUAGAUCGACAGUGGGGCUGGCGCAAGAUUCUUCGCUUAAUUCGACGGCGGCGGCGGCGGCGGCGGCGGCAGGAGCUACAACCCCGUACUCGUCGUCCUCGUUUUGCACUAAUUAUCCAUUGAUUUCUGCUUUCCUCGCCUUUGCAAUCGCCCAGUCAGCUAAAUUCAUUGGCUCAUGGUAUAAAGAAAAUCGUUGGGAUUUCAAACAACUCGUCGGGUCUGGCGGCAUGCCCUCAUCUCAUUCGGCAACAGUAACUGCUCUUGCUAUUGCUAUUGGGUUGCAAGAGGGUUUUGGAGGAUCUUUAUUUGCGGUUGCCCUAAUCUUCGCAUUUGUGGUGAUGUAUGAUGCAACUGGUGUAAGAUUACACGCGGGCCGUCAAGCAGAGGUUUUAAAUCAAAUUGUAUAUGGGCUUCCAGCUGAACACCCACUUGCCGAGAGCAGGCCCCUACGUGAACUUCUCGGUCUGUGCUGGUGCAGUAUUGGGACUGUUUACGGCAUCAAUUGCCCAUUUGAUCAGUUUAAACGGGACGAGGUGAAGAUUCAAGCUUGGGAGAAUCAUCAGAAAAGGAAAGCCGAGUUGGAGAAUCGAAAAGUCGAGGUCAAAGCCGAGAAGCUAAAAUCUCGAGCGCAUGAGAAGUACAACAGCAAACUAGCAGCGAGUCGGAGGAUAGCCGAAGAAAACGAGCAAAUGCAGAGGCUGAACUUCAAGAAAAGGCUAUGA